CCGGAGCCAGUAUGGCUUCUUCUUCCUGCACGUUGUGGCUUGCUCUCUCAGACAGCGAGCUCACCGUCGACGACGUCGGUGAACACCUGGGCUCCGUCACAGACGACCUCUGGGUCGCUGCCGCUUGCUAUGACAGAAUAGUGGACGACGUGUCAGUCCAGCAAGCCCUGCUUAACGUUGGCCUCGACAGGACGAAGCAGGCUUUUCAUCGGGCCCAGGACGCCCUUUCCCACCUUUCCAGCUCCCCGUCAUCCGAAUCACUGGAUACUACGGCCGUGUCACUCAAGCAGAGCGACUCUUGCCGGCUUGAUCCUGCAGUAGCCUACUUUCACAAUCUUCCCGGUGACGCGCAAUUAUGUCGCCUUCAUGGCCUGCUUCUUCGGCGUUUGGACAGGCUGAAUACAUUCACUGAGAUGUGUCAGGUGGCUCCAGAAGAAGGUGGCGAUGAUGCAGACGACGAGAUAACCGAAUGGGAGGAUGAUCCCUGGGCCGACCAAUCGACUGCAAUGGUGUCUCAUGACUCCUCCAAAUCCCCACAGUUCCCGGUUUCACUUUCCUACUUCAUCACUCAAGAAUUAAUUCAUACAGCAUGCCAAUUGACGCUCCACCAAUACUUCCGUUGCCUCCAUAUUCUACUCGAGCGUCAUCGUUCAGUUCUCUGGGUGCACCGAUUCGUCAUAUAUGACAGCAUCCCGGGUUUUGCGAAUCCUCUCGAGUACCUCGAGUUUCUUCCUCGGGUCAAGUUUGAUGAGAACAUGGAAGAAGAGGCACCGUGGAAGGACAAGGAUAUUGGGGAUGCGUCUUAUGUUCCAUUAUUCGAAGCAGCCACAACUUCCCUUGGAAUUCCUAAAGAAAUAGAAUCAUCUGCGCUCAGUCUCCAAACGUGUAACAAUCUAAUGACAUCGGAGGAAUUGUCGGGUUGGUAUACCAAUCGUGUCGACAACAUCAUAUCGUCGACAGGGAUGAUUGAUACUGCCUUAGCAGUGAUCCAACAUGGUGCAUCUCAGGGAGUACCAGGCCUUGACGAGCUUGGCGAAGAAUUAAGUCUGUUAACACGUCUCGUUUACGAUGCACCUGCUGGUGAUUCGCCCAAUGACUGGACGCUGAGUAGUUGGAAGAGCAUGGAUUCGAGGACAGUUAUUCGGGCGUAUCUGUCCCAUUCGACUCCAGAAACCGUUGCAGCGGAUAUGUUACACCUUGUCAUGCCGUAUCUCUAUGUUCUCGAGUCGCGAGCAGAACGGGCAGGAAAUCCAAAUUCACAAAUCUACAAGGAUCUUCUCUACGACUACGUCCUCACCGCGUCACUGGACGUGGUUGCUGCCAUCUUCGAGGGUUCGAAACCCACCAUGCCCAGUUCCCAGAGGAUUAUCAAAGACGACGAGGACAUGGCUCGUCUGGCACUCGCUUGUCUAUAUGGCAGUGCCAGUAUAGACGAGUGGCCCACAAUGAGCCGCAUCUUUGAAUGUUUGCCGGCUUGGGAUUUGUCAAAGUACGAAGAUUUGGACGGUGAUAUUGCUGAUACAACGAUUGCGUCUCUGGGAGAUUUUGUCACCCCGACAAUCGCUCGACCGCGAUGUACAGCAUCAGAUCUACUUAUGUUCUUCAAGCCUUUACCCUUGUCCUCACUUUCACGAGCCCUAGAUAUUCUUGACGUCCAUCUGGAAUCGGGAGAAAUACUCUCUCGAUGGAGUGUUGCAGCAUCCCUCAGCUGGUUCCUCCAGAGCAUGAAUGAUGAAGCUGAGCAGAAGGCAUGGGCCAAUAGGAUGGCUCGCCGAGCGGGUUCUGCAGAUCAGCUCAGUACUCGAGAAGAUUGGGAAUGGCUUCUUAAGGACAUGAUCAAGCUGUCUAGAAGGGGAAAUAGUGACCUGCGAGGUGCUUUCGGCCUCUUAUCGCAGGAAGAAGUUACUCGAACAUUUUUUAAUGGGCUUUUAAUUUCUGGCAAAUUCGACAUUGCAAAGGCACUGUUACAGUCCAACCGCAACAUCUCGGUGCUUGAUACGACGGCUAUUGAGGAUAUAUGUCUGACAUGCGUUCGGGAAUUUUACGACAACGCCAGCUCGGGCAAUUAUAAAGUUGGAGAUAUGAAACUUGCUUAUGAAUGUCUAGAUGUCCCCCAUAUAUCAGAACGAAUCAGAAAAGAAAAGGAGUUCAUCGAAGCGACAUCCCGGCUGUCGUCAUUCAAUGUGAUGUCCCGGCCUGGGAUCCCCAUCACUCCCAUCGAGAUCCGACUUACGAAAGACCGUUUAUCUCUCGUGUCCCGAGUCCUUUCCAGCAACGCUGAUGCAUAUAAGCAUACGGAAGUCAUCUUAGAGUUGGUAGCCAUGCUUGGAUUCCGUGGGGACGUUACGGCAGAAGUGAAGACAUUGGCAAUGCUUGCAGAUACUGCGUUGCAAAACGAGGAUUUUACGCGUGCAUAUCAAGCUAGCGAACGCAUGGUCAACACCGUCCUCGUAUUACGCUCCUCUAAUGCGAAUGCAUCCAAGAUGCAGGAAGCUAGCGAGGUGUGCUGGGUUGCAUGCUUCCAGUUGGGUCGGCAGCCAGAGUUCGAUGACGUCGAGAAAAAACUGUCGCUCUUGGGCCGUUCGCUGGAGCUGUGUCCUCCAGAGCAGCUUCAUGACGUACUUACUGCUUGGCGACGAUUGGAAAAGGAAGAUAUAGAGCGGCGAGAAACCCGUCUUUCCCAACGUCGGCGUGCCGGUGGUGCAGCUUUACCUAGAAAACGUACUCCAGCCGCUGACCACCACGAAUUUUCUCUCCGAUCACGGCUUGCAGAUUUUCACAUGCCGUCUCCUCCCUUGCUGAGCACACCAGAUGCUGCUGCCUUGGCAAGCAGGACCUUCAAAACUGUAGCAGCAAGAUUUCCGUUCAGUAGGGGUAGACCUCGUUCUCAUCCUGACGAUGAGACCUCCCGAAGUGGGAGUCGACCCAGGGACGGAGAUGAUGUCUCUUCGCAGGCUACAAGGGUCUUCUCAAAAGGAAUCGGAUGGCUUCUUGGAGCUGGUGAAGAGGACUUGUGAUUUAUAUACAUGUUUAGACACUCAGAAUAAAGGGGUGUGAUGUCUACAAGGGAAUCCGGCCAAACGAAGUUAGAGAUACGAGAGACUGAGAAACGAGUGACAGAUAAUUUUGACAACAAGACAGAAU